CUCGACACCAUCCAACUCCUCUCUCAUCUCUUCUCUACUCAUCUCUGGCCUCUACGCUCCUCAGCGGUACAAGCUCCCUCGGUCAACUUCCUAUCCCAGUCCACUCUUCUCUCCCCCCUCCCCACCCUUCCCACUCAAUCCAUUCCCCCUUGGGCUCCCUCCCUCUCUUCCCUUCCGCUUCGACUCUUCUCGCGGUCUCGUUCCCUCACGUUCUCACGCGCUUGCGGGACUAACUCGCCAUGUCCCUCCGUGACAAGGCGUGCUACACGCUCUCCCUCGUGCCCGCGCAGCAGCCCAACGUGCUCUACCUGAUCGAGAACUACAACCAGAACCGCGCGGUCGAGGACCAAGCGAUCCGAUACGGGCGCGUGCGCGAGACUUCGCGAGACGGCGAGGUGUACAGCGCUGCAUUAUACGACGCAUUCUCGCAGGCCAAGCUCGCGUCAACGGGACUGUUCACAGAGCGUCUCCGCAGCCGGCGGCUCGAGCUCCAUGGUCCCGACGAGAAAGUCCCCUUUGAGUUCACUGGCAAGCUCGGAUUCGAAUGGUCCUUCCAGUUCGAGGGCAACAAGUACAUGUGGAAGCGAGAUGGCGGGAUCACGUCCAAGGAUAUGGCCUGCUUUAUGGACCGCCGCCCCGACCCUAACAUUGACAUUGCUCUGGGACGUGUUGCAGGUCGCGACGGCAAGCCUGCUCAGCUGUCGAUUCUCCAUUACAACAUCGAGCGAUUUCUGGGACACGAGAUCAAGGACCUGCGCGGCUUGGAGACACUUUUGGCCAUCACCUUCACUGCGCUAAUUGACGGCGCCGACUCCGCCUCGAACAGCCGGCAAAGCUCAGGUUCGCAGGCCCCAAAGCCUGCACAGAACAAGCCCCUGCCCGCAGGCCCUCCCACCAGCGCGCCGCAGCGCCCGUCCCCACCACCGGAGGUCUACAACGAGGACGCGAAUGAAGUCAUCGUCGGGGUGAACACGGACCUCAAUACGCACAUUGAUCGCGCCAUCGCUCUCCUCGAGGACCCCAGUAUUCUCUUCAUCAUCAUCCGCACAAAGGACGCACGUGCCGCCCAGCGCGCCCUCCAGGUCGUUCUAGGCGUCAACCGCUUCCGACACCGCAACCAACAGGCUGAUUUGCACCAGUACGUGCUCGAGGAGGAGGCCGAGUCCAAGGGCCCGCGCGUCAUCAAGCUCGACGAUGCCCCCUUUGGCGCGCCUUCGUGGAAGCCUCCCCCCAACCUCGCAAUCUACCUGUCCACCAUCGAGCUCCCAGACCUCAAAGCCGGCGGGGCCGCGCGUGCCAACAGCAACAAGCGCCCCACUCCCGUAGCCCAAGCCCGUCCAGCGUCGAUGGUAGGCUCGGUGCCAACCCUCAGCACGCCCGUGCCGCCCCAACAUCGCCCCGCCUCGCCAAACCUCAGGCCUGUCUCGCCAAACCCCAACCCUAGACCCAUCUCUCCCCGUCCCCCCGGCCAGACGGGCAUGCUCAACGCUCCCAUCGGCGGAUCGAACCGCCCAGCCAGCAUCAGCGGCAGCAUUCCCAAUGCGGGGUACGUGCCGCCCAUCCCACCGCCGUCUGGAUUCCAGCCUUCACCUGCACCCGGUCCAUCCGGCUUCCAGCCUGCGCCUGCGCCUGCGCCACCUCCAUCUGGUUUCCAGCCUCAGGCGCAGUGGGGUGCACCGGGGUUCAGCGGGGGCUACUCUGAAAGCCCAUUCCUGCACGGCCUCUUCCGGCCGAACCACAAGCAUUAGCGCCAUGGUGUGUGUCGCGUAAGGCAUUUUCUGUGACUGUACGUAGAGGGUAUAGGGCAUGUGCCAGUCUGUUAUUAGGGUAUCACUGUUGUCUGGGGUUGUUAGGUAGACUGUGAAGCUCUCUAGCUGCCACGGUGCGGUCAAGAAGUUCAGUGGGAGAGGCAAUCCCCCGCUAGAGCUACUGCGCCGGUAUUCGUAUAGGAUCUGCAUCAUUAAACGCGCGCCCGAGACGUGCAGUAGUGGAGAGACAGGCCGGGGAGAAGAGGAGACGGGGAAUGCUACAGUCAUUGUCAC